AUGAUUAGUUCGCUGUCGACACGUCCAUUGGUUCACGGACUAAAACAAACCCAGAGGUUUCUAUCCACUAGUCAUAUGUUAUUAGCGGAAGAAGUUACCGAAUCUAAAGGUGAUAGUACAGUAACAUUAGCUACCCCAGCAAAAGUACUGACGAAGGAACAACUUAAGAAGAGAGAGUUGCGUAAAUUUUUAAAGAGUAAAGCAGAUGCUAGAAAACCUGCUACAGAUUAUCCUUUGUACAUGGAUAUCCCGAAAGUGUUGAGAUAUUUAAGAGCUGCAGAAGUUGGACAACCUUUAUCACAACGUACAGUUUCUCUUACAACAUUAGUUGUUGGAGAAAAGGGUGUACCUCCAUUAUAUGGUAAUGUAAGUUUCCCAACACCUUUAAGAAAGAGUAAAGUUGCAGUAUUUAGCAACGAUGUAGAAAAAUUAGAAGAACUAAAGAAACAAUACGAUCUCCAUUUGGCUGGCGGUGUUGAAGUGAUUGCUGCUAUUAAAGAUGGUAGUAUAAAGAUUGAUUUUGAUAAAGCAUUUGCUACACCAGAUAUUGUAAGUACAUUGACAGCUCAAUUAGGUCGCAUAUUAGGUCCUAGAGGUGUAUUACCAAAUGUUAAGAAGGGCACUGUCUCAGAUGAUCUUUUAACUUUGAUUAGGGAGAAUUUGGGGACAAUGCCAUUUAGAGAACGUAAUAAAUGUAUUAGUAUCGGUGUUGGUAAAACUAGUUUCAGUGAUGAACAAAUCAUUCAAAAUAUAAUUGCAGCAAGAAAAGCUAUCAAAGAUUCCAUCACUACCCAAAAGGCUAAAAAACAAAGUAUGUUAAGCAAGACUACAUUAACAAGUUCACAUGGUCCUGGUUUAGUUAUUGACUUUAACUAG